AUGAUACCUGAGCAGCGAAAGAUCUCCACUGCUGAGCACGAUGCUUCUUCGAUGCAGGUACCGCCCUCAACGUUGACGACGGCCUUUUCGACCAACGCACCGCUCAGUUCCGCGGCUGGGAUGUACGCCACGGAGAAGGAGACGACGACUACAACCAAUGCUGCGGGUAACACUACAACGACGACUACGACUACGACGACUUACGGUAACGGGCCUACCACGACCUACGGCGCUUCCACCUCUGUCGGGGGCGGCAAUAGUAACGGCGCGAUCAUGAUGACAGGAGCCAGCCGAAACUCUAGCGCAGCGGGUGCUCCCUUCACUGCUGGCACUACUACCCUGGGCGGCGAACUAUAUAAGGCUGGGGAGUUUAGGACCGGCGAGGUUUACAACGCUGGCGGAGAAGUGUUUAGAACAUCUACCAAGUCCUUCACCACGGGCGGAAACUCCCUGGCAGCGGGCGCCUCUAUGGGGGGCUCUUUGCUGGCGGGCGGUGUCGCUAGGGGUGCUGGUAUGACCACCGCUACCGGUGGUAUGACCGCCGCUACCGGUGGUAUGACCGCCGCUACCGGUGGUAUCACCACCGCUACCGGUGGUACGACUAGUAGUGGUAUGAAUACUACUAGUACCAUGAUCGGUGGAAACAGCACCACCACUAUGGUGGGCGGUAACACGGUCACGACUACAGGGACGGGGGGGACGAGCCAGGUGGUGCGACGAGAGGUCGGUGAAAGUAGAGUGAUUUCGGUGACCGAGCGAGUGGACGCCAGCCGGACCCGUGUGAUCGGGGAACGGAUCGUGGAACACGAGGUGAAGGUUCCGAAGAAAGUGGUGCGCGAGGACGUGUUUGAGAGAACGAUUGUGGUGCCCGAGAAGUUGGUGGUGGAGGAGAUAAUCGACGAGACGCACAAGAUCAAAGAAAAGAUUGUGGAGUUUGCAAAGCCCGUGAUAGUCGAGAAGAUUGUGGAAGUGCCGGAGUAUGAGUACGUAGAGAAGAUUGUGGAGGUACCCGAGAAGGUGGUCCAGGAGCGUGUGGUGCAUCAGGAGAAAGUGGUCUACGAGGACCGCGUCCGUGAAGUGGUAAAGAUGAUACCAAAGGAGAAGUAUGUGGACGUACCCGAGAUCACAUACCGAGAGGUACCCGUUCCGAAGGUGGUGGAGGUCGAUGACUGGCGGGACGAGGUGAAGAUUGUCGAGGUGCCGGUGCCGCGGUACGUCGAUAAGCUGAUCCCCCAAGCGAACCAGGUGGAGAGCUUCGUGGACGUCGAGCGGACGAUCCCAGUGACUGUGGAGGCGGAGGUGGUGAUGAACUUCGAGGUCCCGCAAAUCAAGGGCCGCUACCAGAAGAUUAAGUACCCCGUCUACCUGCCCAAGUUUAUCGAGGUGCCCGUCAUCAUGGACCUGCUUCCGGCCACGGCGCAAACGCAAAGCUCGCAAUACCUGCAACAGAUCUCCAGUUUCACCAAGUCCGCCGCCUCCCUCUGUGACAUUGAGAGCCUGGCAGCGAAGAUUAUGAACGCUACAGAACUCCGGCCCGAUCUCUUCAGCGACUCCACCAACUACAAGAAGGUCAUUAUGGACGCCUGGAACUCCGGCAACACCAACUUCCUCACUGGGAUAAUGGCUACCUCGGGUGGUCUCACUGCUAGCGGCCUCUCCACCAGUGGCCUCACCACUAACAACCUGGCGACCGGCUUGUCCACUGGCUACAUUGGCGGCACCACUUCUGGAUCCUACCAAACCGGCACCGGCUAUCAGACGGGCACCGCCUAUCAGACGGGCACAGGCUAUCAAAGCGGAAGCUACCAGACCACAACCACUACCUCCCACCAAGUUGGUUACCAGCCUACAUCCGUACCGUAUAACACCGUCUCUGGUCCCACCAGUCAUACCGUGUCAGGACCCAGCCAGUGA